UCACAUUUAAUUUUGUCAAACUGCUGUGUGCAGGCGCUUGUAAACUGCACACGGAUUUGCAAACUUCUUUCUUUCUUCACAGAAAAACCAAAAUUUCACAUCCGUAAAAAAAACCAAAAUUUCACAUCCGUAAAAUCACCCCGCGGCUCCGCAGGAUAGCUCUACAUUAAUGUGUAAAAUAGCUGGAGUGCGCCUUUAAUCCAGACAAACACAUAAAAAGUAAACCGGAAAGAUAGAAAAGCGCAGAGUAGUGAUGCACUCCGUCAAAUGCCUAGAUGUGAAAACACGCUGGAAUAAGAGGUUUUCGACAUGUGUGCCGUGUUCUUUAAAGCCAGGGUAUGAAAUUACUCCUAAUUGUGGAUAUGAUGACAACGGAGGGCGACACGAGAGCCCCCACACACAGUGCAAAGUCAACACUUUCAACAAUGGCAGCUGGUUUUAUUGCAAACCUUGUACUUUAUGUGCACCGUAUGCGGUUUUAAAGCCCUGCAGCCAAACUACUGACACCGAGUGCCAAGACAAAGGAGAGCGGACGGCCGAAGUCCCUGUCCAAGAAGCAACAACAUCUCUGUAUGUCUCAUCGCCAACGUUUCAGACAAACCAAGGAUCCUCUAACCCAGAUGCAGAAAUGACAGCAACUACCCUCAACAGACAGUCAAUAGAAAUUGCUAGUUCUAGUCUACUUUGGGCAGUACCAUUAGCUGUCCUGAUUGCCAUCAUACUUGUUUCAUCUGCUUUCAUGAUAUACAUGAAGCGGAAAAGAGGCCAGCACACAGUAUUGGUUUACAGCAGAAGUCCUUCAUUCAUCAGUGAAGGAUUCCCUCCCCUCCGUGCUCCUGCUUGCAACAAUGAUCUGAAGGGCAUUCUUAGUUCUGAAAUCCUGUCAGCACCUUUACAGACAGUUCUGGACAACCUUGAUGUUUUGGAACAGUUGGUAAUUUUGUUGGAUCCAGACAGCCCCACAGUGAAAAACACCAAACAUCUGGCAUCCCACUGCUCCUUCUCCUCUACCUGGAUCACUUACAGCUACUCUAUGAAGGACAGUAAAAGCCCUCUGAAAGCUUUGCUGGAGGGGGUCACCAGCAGGUACCCUGACUGGACAGUGGGGCACCUGGCCAAGCUGCUCAGACAAAUGCAGCGCAAUGAUGCCAUUGCUGUCCUUGCCCAACUCAGACUGAACAAGAUGGCCAUGUAGCAGGCCUAUUGAACUUGCGGCAUGCAGGAAGACUCUGACCUGUCAAUCAAUUGUUUAAUUAUAAAUACAUUUUUUGCUACAAAGAAAUUGUAAGGGGUGGUGGGGGGUGGUGGUGGUUAGUGUUGAAGUUUGCUUAACGAUACAGUAUCUUAAUGCUGCCCAUCCCUAGUUGUCUGGCAUUAAAAGAAUAGGUAAGUUCAGUUCAUCUUGAACUUUUGAAUUCUCUGUGCUCUCUUCUGUUUGCCUUUUUGUCACUUAAAACAUGCUAUGAUGUAGCUUUGUAAGAGAUGUCGGAAUCAAUCAAAUUAUAUGCCAGACAGCUGACAUGAUGUGUUGUAGAAAACUAUAUGUUUACUUUUGUUAAUAUCGCAGCUUGUGCCACAUAAAAUCAAAUGCAAUAUGAAAAAAUAACCGUUUUGAAAAUGUGGUGUCAAGUGUACAUAAUAAGAAUAGCUUAAGGAAAAGUACCACCCCCGGGCCCUUAACUUUUCGGGAAAUGUGGCGCCCUGGACUACUUAGUUGAAUAUCCCUGCCAUAUAGCAUUCCUUUCCCUUGUGUCUGUUAAAAGAAUCUUUCUACAAUCAUGAAAAAUGUUUGAAAUAUAAUAUUGUAAUAUUACACUAGGUUCCUAUUGCUGCACAUUUAUUAUCUUUUUUAAUAAUAAAAAAAUUGAGUUUGUUCAAACAUCGUAACAUCUUUAUUAGGCAAAUAACAUUAUAAAUAAAAAAGUGCAUA